AGGUGGUGGCAAACUUAUGCAACUCUUUCUAUGUGCUUAGUCGAUAUCGAUCUGACGUGGACCGAGGACAACGAGCAUCGAGAGGUGAGUGAGAACGUCGAUCCGCUCAUCAUUCAAGCUUGGAGGACCUACACAGAGGGGAAUCUUCUGGGUUUUGUCUUCGGAGCGGUAGAGCCGGGUCAUCGACGGCCGAUCGUGAACGAGUUGUUGAUCCUCCUGACUGAGCUGCUGGAUGAUCUGCCGCUCGAUAUCAUCUCGCACUGCGACCUGAAUCCAGUUCCGCACAUCCUCUCGCGCAGCUUGGUACCGUAUCUGCAAUGGUCAGCCUGCUUGGAGGGCAAUUUGGACAACGACGAUUACCCGUCACACAAUGAUUAUCUGAAUCCCCAGACCAUCGCUCACGAACUCUUCAACCCGGGAGAGGCGAAAGAGGGAGAGGAAGAAGAAGAAGAAGAAGAGGAAGAGCAGGGGGUAAGCGAGGAGGAAGAAGCGAAUCAGGCGAAGGCCCAAGAGGAGGAUCUUGAGGCCGAGCGGCAAAGAGCGAAGAUUGCGGAGGGAAAGCGACCAUUAGAGCAGUCGGUGGGAGCAGAUCUGCCUAUUCCGGACCAUCCGACUAGAGAUCCCGAGCCGCCGGUUAAAGAAGAUGAGCACCCUCAUGAAGAGACUUCUGGCGCGGUGACGCGAAGACAACGAAGUCAUUCCCCGUCCCCUUCCCCCCGUCCCUCAGUUCGAGCUCGUGGCAAUGCGGAGCAUCGGACGACGUCCCUGUUCCCUAUCCCGCCGUCCCCUUGAUUACCUCACACUCUCCCACAUUGACACUCGACGCGCAUUCCCCACCAAUCCUUUUUCGCCUUUGAUC